CACACACGGCGUUGUGCUCAGUCGAAUUUUGUUCUCAGACCAUUAAACAUUAGCCACUCGGCAUUCAACAUUCAACACUCAGCAUUCAACAUGAAAGGCCAACGCGUAGCAGUCGUCGCAUUUGCUGUUGUACUCGCCGGACUGUGCGUGCUAUCCGGUCUGAAUGCGGCACCCGUGGAAUGCAAUAAUGGCAAUGGCAUCCAGAUCUCCGGCGAUGGCUACCAGAGCCAAACUCAAACCGGUCCCGGCUGCCAGACGCAGACCUCCGAGGAUGGUACCCAGAGCCAGAGCCAGAGUUCGUCGGGCAAUGGCUACCAGUCGCAGACGCAGUGCAGCGGCGAAUCCUGCGGCCAGUUCCAACCCUUCCCGCCCCUGUUCACCCUUAAGCCGCUGGAGCCCUUGGCACCCAUCACCUGGCAGCCUUUUGUACAAUUGGGGGGCAACCAGGUGCAGGAGCAGAGAACUUACGGCUAACUUCUUUAAUAAAGAUUCUACAUAUUCUUCAUA